UCCAUGAUGGAGGAGCGAGCGGCCGCCGCGGUCGCCUCCGCCGCCUCCUCCUGCCGCCCUCUGGGCUCCGGUCCGGGUCCCAACCCGACGGGAGCGGCUCCGGUCUCUGGUCCUGCCCCAGUGCCUGGCCCGGUAGGUAAAGGAGGAGGUGGCGGAGGUAACCCGGGACCCACCGCCGCCGCCGCUGCCUCCGCCGCCGCGGGUCCCGAACCCCUGAGCCUGCCGGGCAUCCUGCACUUCAUCCAGCACGAGUGGGCGCGCUUCGAAGCCGAGAAAGCCCGCUGGGAGGCCGAGCGCGCAGAGCUGCAGGCUCAGGUGGCUUUCCUCCAGGGAGAGAGGAAAGGGCAGGAGAAUCUAAAGACAGACCUGGUGCGGAGGAUCAAGAUGCUGGAAUAUGCGCUGAAACAGGAAAGGGCCAAAUAUCAUAAACUGAAGUUUGGGACAGACCUGAACCAGGGGGAGAAGAAGGCGGAUCUGUCAGAACAAGUCUCUAAUGGCCCUGUGGAGUCGGUCACUCUGGAGAAUAGCCCGCUGGUGUGGAAGGAGGGGCGACAGCUUCUGCGACAGUACCUGGAAGAGGUGGGUUACACAGACACCAUCCUGGAUAUGCGGUCCAAGCGUGUGCGCUCCCUGCUGGGCCGCUCGCUGGAGCUCAACGGGGCUGCUGAGCCCAGUGAGGGGGCUCCCAGGGUGGCACCUGGCCCUGGGGUGCUAAGUGGUGGCGAGUCACUCCUGGUGAAGCAGAUCGAGGAGCAGAUCAAGAGAAAUGCAGCAAGCAAGGAUGGCAAGGAGCGCCUGGGCAGUUCGGUGCUGGAGCAGAUCCCCUUCCUGCAGAGCUGCGAGGAUGAGGACAGUGAUGAGGAUGAUGAGCUGGACAGUGUGCAGCAUAAGAAGCAGCGGGUGAAGCUCCCAUCCAAAACCCUGGUUCCUGAAAUGGAGGACGAGGAUGAGGAGGAUGACUCAGAGGACGCCAUCAACGAGUUUGAUUUCUUGGGCUCGGGAGAGGAUGGGGAGGGCUCUCCAGACCCUCGACGUUGCACUGCGGAGGGAAACCCCCAUGAGCUCGAAAGCCGACGGGUCAAACUCCAGGGAAUUCUGGCCGACCUCCGGGAUGUAGAUGGGUUGCCCCCCAAAGUGACUGGCCCACCUCCUGGCACACCCCAGCCCCGGCCUCAUGAAGGUUCCUUUGGCUUCUCCUCAGACGCUUUCAUCAUGGACACUAUCGGGGGCGGGGAGGUGAGCCUGGGGGACUUGGCAGAUCUCACCGUCACCAACGACAACGACCUCAGCUGUGACCUGUCUGACAGCAAAGAUGCCUUCAAGAAAACAUGGAACCCCAAGUUCACCCUCCGCUCACACUACGACGGCAUUCGUUCCCUGGCUUUCCACCACAGCCAGUCGGCGCUGCUCACCGCCUCUGAGGACGGCACCCUCAAGCUGUGGAACCUACAGAAGGCCGUCACGGCUAAGAAGAAUGCUGCACUGGACGUCGAACCGAUCCACGCCUUCCGUGCGCACAGGGGGCCUGUGCUGGCAGUCUCCAUGGGCAACAACAGCGAGUACUGUUACAGUGGUGGGGCUGAUGCCCGGAUCCAUAGCUGGAAGAUUCCCGACCUCAACAUGGACCCCUACGAUGGCUACGACCCCAGUGUGCUGAGCCACAUCCUAGAGGGCCAUGGAGACGCCGUGUGGGGCCUGGCCUUCAGUCCCGCCUCCCAGCGUCUGGCCUCCUGUUCUGCUGACGGCACAGUACGCAUCUGGGACCCCAGCAGCAGCGGCACAAGCUGUCUCUGUACCUUCUCAACAGCUGGUGAGCAUGGGAUCCCCACCUCAGUGGCCUUCACCAGCACCGAGCCUGCCCACAUUGUGGCUUCCUUCCAUUCUGGUGACACUGUCCUGUAUGACCUGGAGGCUGGCAGUGCCCUCCUCACACUGGAGUCCCGAGGGAGCGGUGGCCCAACUCAGAUCAACCAGGUGGUGAGUCACCCAAACCAGCCCCUCACCAUCACCGCACAUGACGACAGGGGCAUCCGCUUUCUGGACAACCGCACAGGUAAAUCUGUGCAUUCCAUGGUUGCCCACCUCGAUGCCGUCACCUGCCUAGCCGUGGACCCCAAUGGCGUGUUCCUGAUGUCAGGAAGUCACGAUUGCUCCCUGCGCCUGUGGAGUCUGGACAACAAGACGUGUGUGCAGGAGAUUACAGCCCACCGCAAGAAGCACGAGGAGGCCAUCCAUGCUGUGGCCUGCCACCCUAGCAAGGCCCUCAUUGCCAGUGCUGGCGCUGAUGCCCUGGCCAAGGUCUUCGUAUGAUGCCCACCUGGCCUCGCCCUGGCCAAAUGCUGGCAGGGAGCGGGGCUGGGCCAGUAGGACUGAGGUGACUCCCGGCCUCUGUCUGGAGGCUUGUUUUGGCCUCUUCUGCCGUGGAUCCUGGUGGUGCUAAUGGCCCUUUCCCAGGAAUCGCCCCUGAGGACAGCCUCUAAGUCCCACCUUAGCUACAGCCAGGGCUGGGCAUCCAUGGGAUCUGUUUAACACGGAGCCAGAAGGUGUCUGGCUCUGUCCGGGAGCCCUGCCUCUCCCUUCUGCUGCGCUGGGAGAGAUCUUGACACCUCCUGUAUGCCAGGCCCCAGGCUGUCCUCUUGGACCCCAGUCCCCUCUACCUGCUUUUCAACACUAACAGCCUCCAGGGCCCCGCGUGCUAGGGGAGGCUGCAUCCACCUCCAGGGGUGGCUCCGGCAGCCCCAUCAGCCUCCCUGAGGGAGGGAGGGUGCAGUGAGCCCCAGCCCCUAGCUCCCUGUAUAUGUGUACAAACGAACCAAUGGAACGGGAUUUUACUGGCACCCCGCCCCCACGUUAUCACUGUGUGAUAGUCGUCAGUCUCUCCCUGCUCCACACUUGGCCUCUAUUUAUUUCACUCUGUUUGGGUUCCACCCUGCGUCCUUGGUCCCCUUCAGGUUCCUGUUUAUAAGCCCGGUCCCCUCUACCCCAAACUUGUACGUGAUACCGUGUCUCAAUAAACCCUUUGGAGUAA